CUAGCUGCCGUCUCGCAGGCUAGCUCGUAAGAAGAAAAGAUGUCAGGGGUUGUGAUUUACGCCGUCUCUCUGUUUCUCGUUUCGGUCGCCUGCGCCGACUCGUUACCCCAGCAGCCGAACACGGAAAACAUUCUGAUUAAUGUGACAGCGGGGACUUUUGGUGACAGUCAACUCCAAGAGUCCAACGAUCUACAGAUCAAUCUGAAUAUAUCGGUGGAUGAGGAGCAGGUGCGCGUUAAUGACAUCCCUGUGGAGCCAUCAGGGGUGACGAGGUUAAACUGCCAGGCAUUGCUCUUGCUUACCACCAAUGGAAGCAGCGAGUUUGCAUCUGGGGACCUGGUGUCCACGGUUACCCGGGUGAUGGUGAGCCAGAACCGGCUGUAUAGCGACACAGAGGAAGUGGUGGCUGUGCAGGUGUUUAGCGAGGUCAUAGAGAUGGAAGGCAAAGAGGUCCAACAGCCCGAUAUGUGUGAAGUGAAGAUACUAAUGAGCCCGAAUUUCCAGAAGCUGGCUCAGUACACCAACAUCUACCCCAUUGGCCACAGUGAGAUCUUCAGAAUUCCUCGGGAGAAUGAUGUGGUCAUUACAGGUCCACCCAGUCCAAAAAAAGCUGAGGACCACGUGAUCUCCCAGACCACCAGCCAGUACCCUCUGAAACAUGCUGAAACUACUCAGGAAGAGGUUGCAGCCCCGGGCAAGCUCCCAGAGACUCCCCUGCGCAUGGACCCCAACCUGCUGUAUGAUGGCAGAGAUGAGGAGGAUAAUGAAGUCAAGGCACUGGGCCAAGGACAUCAAAUCCAAACGGGGACUGCACCCAAGGAAUCUCUGUCCUCUUACUCUGCCAUGUGUCGGUGGGUGGAGAAGAUGAGGGAGCGGCUGAGGCGCUUCUGUUCAGAGUCACUGCCUCUCUUCUUCCUGGUCAUGUGGGUGGUGAUGAUCGGGGUCGUGGGCUCCGCGGUCAUCGUCAAGAUCCUGGACAUGUUCUUUCCAACAUGCGAACACAAGGGACCUUUUUACCUGAACCCUGUCACCUUGAUGCCAGAAGAUGAGAAGCACACCCUGCUGGAGGGCAUAGAAGUCGAGGCAUCAGAAGAAGAAGACAAAAAGCCUUGAAUGAAGACUGAUGAACUGGAUGAUUUGACUGGAUUUUGAUUCGGUAUCCACACAUCAAAUUUUCUUUUCGGUCAUAUUUGCUCCUUAACUGUGGCUCCGUGUGUACAUUUCACUUUUCAGUGGUCCGGCCUGGGUUUUCAUUUGGAUAGAUCAUCCCAUGUGAAUUGCACAUUUUCUAACCUUCACCUCUUAUCAUUUGAGUUUCACAACUACUUGAGGACACAGUUUGAAUUUAGAGGCUUUAAGCUGUUUGGAUUUGAAAUUUGAUUUGAAACUGUUGAAAAAAGAACUGACUGAGUCCUGCUGCACACUGAUCCUGUUCAUAUUUUGAUUUUCAUAUCUCACAGUGCCUCAGUCGAUGAUCCUUGGUCUGUUUCGAAAGGGCGACUUUAUUCCUUUAUGGCAUAUUUGGCUUAAUUUACUUUUUUUUUCCUUUUCCCAUUUUACCAUCAUAUGUUCUAAUGAUGCGGCACGGUGGCGCAGUGGUUAGCGCGGUCGCCUCACAGUAAGAAGGUCCUGGGUUCGAGCCCCGGGGUAGUCCAACCUUAGUGGGUCGUCCCGGGUUGUCCUCUGUGUGGAGUUUGCAUGUUCUCCCCGUGUCUGCAUGGGUUUCCUCCCACAGGCCAAAGACAUGUAGGUCAGGUGAAUCAGCCGUACUAAAUUGUCCCUAGGUGUGAAUGUAUGUGUGUCGGCCCUGUGAUGGUCUGGCAGCCUGUCCAGGGUGUCUCCCCGCCUGCCGCCCAAUGACUGCUGGAAUGGACCCCAGCAUCCCCGCGACCCUGAGAGCAGGAUGAGCGGUUCAGAUAAUGGAUGGAUGGAUGGAUGUUCUGAUGAUUAGAAAAUGCAAAUAAGUAUGCUGUGUUUGUUGAUAUGCACUGUAUAAUUUUACUGGAAGGUAAACUAUUGCUGACUCUGAAGUGAGCCUGCACUAAAAUGUCAACCUAUGAACAGUUUGUCCCAAAGAUGAGACUGUAAAUUGAAUGUGUAAAUUUGAGCGUGACUUAUGUUUGUGUUAUAUUUCUGUCCGACUACUGGACCGAGGCUGACGGGGUCGCUCGUACAGACUCCAUUCGAGUGUCAGGUGGAUGCAAUAGAGCUCACUAUGCAGAGGAGUGACCACAUAAGGUGUCAAAUCUCUACUGUUUCUCAACCAAGGAUGUCCUGAAGUUUCUUGUACAUGUGAAUUAGGCACAUUUUUUUUGGCUCUUUGUCGACACAUAAAUUUGUAGAUAGAUGAUAGAAUGUAUACGAUAAAUGUGGUGACAGAACAGGGCCGCAGUCGAAACCAUCCAUCUCCUACACGCUUUGCAACGUUGCACGGAUUAAUAAUCGCCUGCCUUUUUUUUUCUUUUCUAAGUUUAAAUUGUGUUUUUACUUGUCUGUUACGUGGUUGUUCGUUUUUUGACCCCGGCUACAUCAGUCGUUCUCCUCAAAGCUUUAAAAUAACAUGUUUGGCAUCACCACAGCAGUGGAAUCGGCUAAAAUUCCUGGAUCGCUGUGGUUUCAGUCAGUUAAUUGGGAGUGUUGGUCGAAGGCUUGUACACCCAGAAAGUUGAUACAUUGCUAAUUUAAAUGUUGCUAAAUGUUACUUUUUGCUUUAAUAUCGUUUUUCCACACAAGCUCGGGUGCAAGUAGAGGAGGAAGUAGUAGCCUGAUGUCCUCGUCACCCGCUCCGUCUCCUCAGAGCUGGCGCAGCUUCAGUCCAGCCUAGUCAUCCUGGGAACGAAACCCCGUCUUGGCAUGAGCAUGUCCGUCUGUGAGGGGGUUCCGCCAGACCGUGUGACGCAUGACCCGGUGCAGUACAGGAAGCUGCAUGUGUGAUGUAGCCGAUGAAUGCAAUUUCUUAUCGCGCACUUCUCACUAGGAGACUGCAUGAUGACCCAGACAGAUAACUUUGCACUCGAAUCUGUCUUGGAUUGUUUUUUUUUUGUUUUUGUUUUUUUGGAGACGCUACAAAGUGCUUUACACUAAACAAGAGCCAGAAAGGUUCGGUGUCACAAAAACAGAAAAAUGGGUAAACCCCAAAAUGAUAGAAAAAGAGUUUUAUUCUGUCUGCUGUUUUUUUUUUUUGUGUGUGUGUGUGUGUGUGUGUGUGUGUGUGUGGUGUCACACACACCACGUCAGCUCUUUGUUUGCUGGUUCUUAGGGAAGAUUGUGUAUCCUUUGUUUUAUUUACAGCUCAACUGCCCGUUUUAUUCUCAGAUCCUGUUGAUUAAAUGUCUUUAUUACCAUUAAAAGAA